AUGGUUCACUUGUAUGUGAAAACCCAAGAUCGGAAGGAGAGAAUAGAAUUCGGAUUAACGAAACGUGUCGAAGAUCUUCGACCCACAGUAGCCAAGUUAUUUGGCGAGCACGUAUUUCCGCCCGAAAGGCAACGUCUUAUAUACCUGGGCAAGCAAUUGGAAAAUGGAUACACGUUAUUCGACUACAAUGUUAAACACGAGAGCACGAUACUGUUGUUUCAGAAACCCUUUGUCGAUCUUGAAUCGCUUAGAGACCUGGAUGUGAGAGUAGUAAUUGAUAAUGACACUACCAGCACUCCUAACGCGAGCACGGAUAACAGUACUGAUGCCGAUAAUGUCAACAAUGACAAGGAGAAUCAGGAAUCAAGCAUAAAUUUUCAAAAUUCAACUUGUGACGUCCAGGGAAAGACAAGUCUCAAGUGUGUUGAAGCAGCUAGUGCCAAGACUGCCAGUACUUCUGAUGCCAACAAAACAACGGAAACUACUGCAGAGGAUUAUUACUGCACAACUUGCAAAAAUGUUGCCUCCAAGAAAUGUAAGGAAUGCGGAUGCUUUGAAUGUGGCGGAAAGGACGAUGAACCAAAGACAAUUGUCUGCGAUGAGUGCCAGUAUUAUUUCCAUCUAUAUUGUUUGAAACCACCACUGGAAAGCGUGCCUGAAGGUGACUGGUAUUGCCCUUAUUGUUGUCAUAAUAAUGAUGACAUUAUCACCCCUGGUAAAGGCAUUAAUAUUUCCAGUACGAAAAAAUCAAAGAUGCCAUCAGCUACGCAAACUAAACAAUGGGGUGGGGGGAUGGCAUGUGCUGGAGUGUCAAAGAAAUGCGAGAUUGUAGACAAAAAUCAUCGCGGAAAGAUUCCUGGUGUGCCUGUUGGUUGUACUUGGCUAUAUCGAAUACAUUGUUCCGAAUCUGGCGUACAUCGUCCUCCCGUUGGAGGAAUUCAUGGCAACUCUGAUGUUGGGGCAGUAUCAGUCGUAUUAGCGGGAGGAUAUCCUGAGGAUGUUGAUAAUGGAGAUGAAUUCACAUACACCGGCUCUGGUGGGCGUGACCUGAAGACGGGGAAUAAACGAACAGCUAAGCAGGACAGUGAUCAGACGCUCACCCGCGCUAAUUUAUAUUUAGCUCAAACAUGCGAUAUACCUGUAAACGAUAAAGUUGGUGCGGUCGCAAAGAAUUGGAGGAAAAGUAAGCCAAUUAGAGUAGUCCGAAGCUACAAGUUAGCAAAACAUAAUCCCAAGUAUGCUCCAAAGGCAGGGCACAGAUACGAUGGAUUGUAUAAGGUAGUGAAAUAUUGGCCCGAGAAAGGAGUUGCUGGAUAUAGAGUUUGGAGAUUUCUGUUGCGUAGGGACGACGACGAGCCCGCUCCAUGGACCGAAGAAGGUCAGCGAUAUAUAGAACAGCUUGGACUACAGACAUGUGUUUCGGGGGGAGCCGGAGAUAAAAGGAAAACGGAUGCUGAUGAGUCGAGUGAUAACGAGCUGUCUCCGAGAAAGAAGGCGUUAAUACGUACAUAUACUCCAUCUGAUAAGAUAUUAGCAUUGAUUGAGAAGGAUAGCCGUAACGCGAGAGCUUGGAAGAGUUUGUUGCGGAUCGAUGUUACAAAUGAAGCCGAAUUUCUCGCGCAAAUAAUGGAGGAAUUUAAGUGUAAUGUGUGUCAGGAUCUGGUCCAAAAUCCUGUCACCACUCUAUGUUCGCACAAUGCGUGCAAGGAGUGUUUAAUUAAAGCAAUUGUUUCAUACGAUUCAAAGUGCCCAACAUGUAGGGAGAGCUUGAGUGAGAAAAAUGAUGACAAUGCAUACUGCGAGCCUAAAUUAGAAGUAAAUAAUGAUCUUGUAGCUGUAUUUAGGGAGCUUAUCCCUGCGUAUAAAGCUUCCAGUACGAAGAAAAAGACGACGAAGAAGACAUCAAAGUCUAGAAAGUGA